UUCAUCACAAAGAUUGAAUUUUGGCUCUAUUGGAGCUGCUUUGUAUUGAAUCUGAGCAUAUGAUGGGAUCGUUAGGUGUUGGUGAAAUUCAAAAAAUUUAGGAGUUUAAAAAAGGUUUAAUUUUGGCGAUUUUAGGCUUUGAUGGGGAAUAAUAAUUCUGCAGCACCGAAACAGCCUAGCAAUGGCUUCUUACAAUCCGUCACCGGUGCUGUGUGGAGGCAACCGGAUCAAGAUCUCCCUGACGGAGAUUCCAAUAAUGAGCUUUCACAGGUUGCCGAUUCCUCCGGUGAGGGGGGUAAAUCCAACAAGAGUGGGCAUAUUAGGAGAGUAUCAAGUGUAGGGCUUCAGAUUGAAUCUGUUCUGGGGAGGAAGACAGGGAACAUAAAGGACACAUAUAUAAUAGGGAAGAAGUUAGGGCAAGGGCAAUUUGGGACAACAUAUCUGUGCAUUGAGAAGGCUAGUAGGAAGGAGUUUGCCUGCAAGACGAUUGCGAAGAGGAAACUGACUUCUGAGGAGGAUGUGGAGGAUGUUAGGAGGGAGAUUCAGAUAAUGCACCACUUGGCAGGGCACCCCAAUGUGAUUCAGAUUGUGGGGGCUUAUGAGGACAAUGUUGCAGUUCAUGUUGUGAUGGAGCUUUGCGCGGGGGGAGAGCUUUUCGAUAGGAUUAUACAGAGGGGGCAUUACACUGAGAAGAAGGCUGCAGAGCUUGCCAGGGUUAUUGUUGGUGUUGUGCAGGCUUGCCACUCUUUAGGGGUCAUGCAUAGGGACUUUAAGCCCGAGAAUUUCCUUUUUAUCGACGACGAAGAGGAGUCCCCCCUCAAGACCAUUGAUUUUGGGCUCUCUGUGUUCUUCAAGCCAGGUGAAGCAUUCGUUGAUGUGGUUGGAAGCCCUUUCUAUGUAGCCCCAGAAGUUUUGCAAAAGAUGUAUGGUCAAGCUUGUGAUAUUUGGAGUGCUGGAGUCAUUAUCUAUAUUCUGUUAUGUGGGGUGCCACCAUUUUGGGAUGAAACUGAGCAAGGAAUAUUCGAACAAGUUUUGAAAGGGGAACUUGACUUUGUAUCUGAACCUUGGCCAAGUAUUUCAGAUAGUGCAAAAGAUCUUGUCAAGAAAAUGCUUGCUCGUGACCCCAAAAAGCGGCUGACAGCCAAUGAAGUUCUUUGCCAUCCUUGGGUUCGUGUUGGUGGCGUGGCUCCAGAUAAGCCUAUUGAUUCUGCAGUUAUAAGUCGCCUGAAGCAAUUUUCUGCCAUGAACAAAUUGAAAAAGAUAGCCAUUAGAGUCAUUGCAGAGAACCUCUCUGAAGAGGAAAUUGCAGGACUCAAGCAGAUGUUCAAAACGAUAGACUCGGAUAAUAGUGGACACAUUACAAUGGAUGAACUUCAAAAUGGCUUGGAGAAAGCGGGCGCCAAUCUGAAGGAGUCAGAAAUAUAUAGUUUAAUGCAAGCUGCAGAUAUUGAUAACAGCGGAACCAUUGACUAUGGAGAGUUUGUAGCAGCUAUGCUUCAUGUAAACAAAGUACAGAAGGAGGAUCAUCUGGUAGCAGCUUUCUCCUACUUUGACAAAGAUGGGAGUGGAUACAUUUCAAAAGACGAGCUCCAACAAGCCUGUGCGACGUUCGGUUUGGAAGAUGUUCCGCUCGAUGAGAUUAUCGGUGAAGUUGAUCAGGAUAAUGAUGGACAAAUCGAUUACAAUGAAUUUGUGCUCAUGAUGAAAGAUACUGACUUCAGCAUGAAGGGGUUACAGAAGAGCAUAAGCAGCGCGCUUAGUUCGUGUAAAACUUGAUCUCCAGAGUCUCACGACGAGUUCUGUAUCAUUAAUCAAUCACACAUGUAAGUGGCCUACACUUGUAAAGAUUAGUCCGGCAUUUUGGAGAGGGUAGAUUCUUCUUUUUCUUGUUUAGCAUUCCCAUUUUUGUAUCAGGUUUAGGAAAUCAUGUUCAUAAUUACACAAUGGGUUUUACUCUAUAUUAU